UCUUCACCUAGCCUGACCACCACUCUAGCCUCCAGUACUUCCACACAACGGACCAAUGACGGUGAAAAUAACUUUAAGGAUGAAGAAAUUAGGAACUUGCAGACCUCAUCACUUAAGUCAUCCUUUUCUCCUGACAAAGUCUCUUCUAAGCUGCAUCAGCAAAGUUCUGAUCAAUCAACAGCUGGACUAGAUCUAGCUCGCCGUAGUGAGUUUCAAGCCUUCAUUCAGAGCCGGACCUGUCUUUCUGGUGGUAAGGGUUGGUGGCGCUAUGAGGUCUGUUUGGGAAAGGCCAUACUUCAAUUUCAUCAAGUUAAGGAGUUCAUAUCAGCACAACUAGAUGAUAACCGCUAUGACUAA